GCUGUUGAGGUUGCCAAUCAAGUGAAUCAAUGGGCUGAAAAGGAAACAAGCGGGCUUAUCAAAGAAAUUCUUCCAGCCGACUCAGUUGACAGUGCAACAAGACUUGUGUUUGCAAAUGCACUGUACUUUAAAGGAGCCUGGGAUGAGAAGUUCGAUGCAUCAGUGACUAAGGACAAUGAGUUCCACCUUCUCAACGGAACCUCUGUUCAAGUGCCCUUCAUGACUAGCAAGAAGAAGCAGUAUGUAAAAGCUUUUGAUGGUUUCAAGGUUUUGGGGCUUCCUUAUAAACAGGGUGAAGAUAGGCGUCAUUUUUCCAUGUACUUCUUUCUGCCUGAUGCCAAUGAUGGACUGCCAGCUUUGGUAGAUAAGGUCAGUUCUGAAUCCCAAUUCUUGGAGCGUCACCUUCCAUAUCAGAAGGUUGGAGUUGGUGAAUUUAGUAUCCCCAAAUUUAAAAUAUCGUUUGGAUUUGAAGCUUCUAACAUUCUGAAAGGGCUUGACCUGGUAUUGCCUUUCUCUGGUGAUGGCCUAACUGAGAUGGUGGACUCCCCUGUUGGCAGUAACCUUUAUGUUUCUAGCAUUUUCCACAAGUCCUUUAUUGAGGUAAAUGAAGAGGGAACAGAAGCUGCAGCUGCAACCGCUGGUGUGUUUAGACUAAGGGCAUUGAUGGUAGAAGAGAAAGUAGACUUUGUUGCUGACCAUCCAUAUCUCUUCCUGAUUAGAGAAGACGCAACGGGUGUGGUACUGUUUGCUGGUAGCGUGCUAAAUCCUCUAGUAGACUAAGUUGUGUUCCACAAUAUGGAUGUUGAUAAGUGUUUGCAUCUUCUUUGUAUCGAAUAGGAGAAAUGUGGUCAUUAUUGAAAGGUCACUGCAGGGCUUGCCACUUCCUUAAGCUUUAUGGUAAUGAAUUUCAUAUGAAGCUCUCUGCUUACAAACUUUUCAUUCCUUGUAAUUAUUGGGGCUAAUUUUAGAUUAUGCAUUUGCAUUUGGAGUUCUAAAUGACAAAGAGGCUACUUUUGAAAAUUA